AUGGGUUUCAUAUGGGGAAUGAGACUACGUGGAGCUAGCAAGAAGGUGAUAACUCCGGUAACAAGUUGGUCAGAAUCAGAACCGGAGAUAACUAUACCGCCGGAAUUUCUAUGCCCAGUCUCAAUCGAUCUCAUGAAAGAUCCAGUGAUAAUCUCCACAGGCAUUACCUACGAUCGCACAAGCAUUGAAAAAUGGAUCGAAUCAGGUAACAACACGUGUCCAGUCACGAACACGAUCUUGACCACACACGAUCAGAUUCCGAACCACACGAUUCGCAAGAUGAUUCAAGGAUGGUGCGUGGAGAUAGGAUCGUCGUUGAUCGAGCGUAUCCCAACGCCACGUGUCCCUUUGAUGCCGCAUGAAGUCAACGAGAUCUGUAGAAAAUUAUCCUCUGCAACGCGUCGUGGUGAUUACGAAAAAUGUGGGGAGAUUAUCGAGAGGAUUAAGAAGUUGAAGGCUGAGGGUGAAAAAAGUCGAAAGUGUUUGAACGAAAACGGCGUCGGUUUUGUUUUAUGUGAGUGUUUCGAGAAGUUCUCGGGAGACGAGAAAUUAACGGCUAUGUUAGAGGAGAUUUUGUCUCUGCUGACGUGGAAUGUUCCGAUUGGGUCAAAGGGUUUAACGAAACUUGCGUCUGCGUCGUCGUUUCAUUGUGUCGCGGGUUUGUUGAAGAGCAAAGACGAUUCCGUUCGUGAAAACGCUGCAUUUUUACUGAAAGAGAUUCUCGCGUCGGACGAAACGCGAGUUCACGCGUUUGCGGUGGCGAACGGAGUCGCGGAAGCGCUGGUGAAUUUGAUUCGUGAUUCGGUUUCGUCUAGCGCAACGAAAUCUUCGUUAAUGGCGAUUUCUCACAUGGUGUUUCAAAAGCCGGAUAACGCAUCUGAGUUUCUCGACAUCGGUCUUGUGAAUCUGACGGUGGAGAUGAUAAUCGACGGUAAUAAUAGCGUUUGCGAGAAAGCGUUAGCGGUUCUAGACGCGAUUUGCGAAACUAAAAAAGGGAGAGAGGAAGUGAGGAAAAACGCGUUGGUGAUGCCGCUUUUGGUGAAGAAGAUUCCAAAGGUUUCUGAAUCAGCGACGAAGAGCUCCUUAUCGGUGAUUUUGAAGCUGUGUAAAACAGAGAACGCGUUUGCGGUGGAGGAAGCCGUGCGUUUAGGAGCGUUUCAGAAGGUGUUGUUGGUUUUACAAGUUGGGUAUGGAGAAGAGACUAAGGAGAAAGCAACAGAGUUGUUGAGGAUUAUGAACACAAAGAUGAAGAUAAUGAGUGAUGAUGAUGAUGAUGAUUGUGUUGAUCCUUCAAUGAAUGUAUCUCAAGAAGCCAUUUUGAUGUUUUAG